AUGGAAAGUAAUUGGAUAGAGGACCAGUCACUCUUAAUGAGUCAAGCUCCCGUACAGGGUAGUAAUAUGCAUGUUUCAGAUGCAUGUAAUGCAUUUAUCAGUUCUGAAAACAAUGCAGUGGAGCAUAAUACAACUGGAGAGACUGAUGUAAUUAAUGAUGGGAGGGAGAAUGAUAGCACAUCCAAUGAAGAAGAAAAUGAUGUGCAUGAGGCUAGUAGUAGCCCUGAAGAUGAAGAAAAUAAUUCUUAUCAAAGUGAUGAGAAUGAGGAUAGCAAUACAUCUUCUGACUUUAAUGUUGAGGAAGUUACCGAGGAACAAGCCGUCAAUUUGAGCUUGGAAGGUGAUGACAACAGCUCACAAUUUAGAUUUCUCAUUCGUGAGUUGGAACCAUCUGUUGGCAUGGAAUUCGAGACCGAGGAUGAUGCAUAUAACCAUUAUAACGACUAUGCAAAGGAGAUGGGUUUUUCAGUCCGAAAAUAUAGGGUGGAGCGCUCAAGAGUUGAUAACCGUAUCCUUGCUAGAUCAUAUGUAUGUGCAAACCAAGGUGAAAAAUGGUGUAAUGACAAGCGGCGGAGGGGAAUGAAUUAUAUGCCUCGUGCAUCAAAGAAAACCAAUUGUGGAGUUGUAAUGAGGAUCAAGUCUAGGAAUGGGAAAUGGGUGGUGGAUCUUUGGGAAAAGGAGCACAACCAUCCAAUGGUAGAUCUGAAUGAUUCUUUUAGACUUCGGUCACACCAGAAAGCUAAUAGUGGUACAAUUCAACUGAUAGAAUGGCUGCAAAAGUGUGGGAUUAGGCAGUCCCAAAUAAUGACAAUUUUAAAAGAUUUUGCUGGUGGAGAACAACAUGUUGGUUUAACUGAGGAUAGUUGCAGGAAUUUGAUUAGGUCCAAGCGUAGGAAGUCUAUUGGGAUUGACUGUCAACAAGCAAUCAAUUAUUUGCAUAGUAAGCAAGCUUCAGAGGUAGGGUUCUUUUAUGCAGUCCGUGUUAAUGAGGAGCAACAAUUGAUCGGGAUUUUUUGGAUAGAUAGUCGUGCACGAGAACAAUAUAAGAAGUUUGGUGAUGUAAUUGUGUUUGACACAACUUACAAAAAAAAUAAGUACAAGUUCCCAUUUGCCCCUUUUACUGGUGUUAAUCAUCAUAUGCAUUGUAUAUUGUUCGGUUGUGGCUUAAUAGCCGAUGAAACAAAGGAAUCAUUUAUGUGGCUUUUUCAGACAUGGCUUCAAGCAAUGCAUAAUAUCCAUCCAAAGGCAAUUUUGACCGAAGAGGACCCAGGAAUAAUGAGAGCUAUUCGGCAUGUAUUUCCAUAUACUGUACAUCGAUUUUGUGGAUGGCAUUUGGAGAACCACAUGAUCAAUCACAUAAGGCCAUUAUAUAAAAGAUAUCCAGACUUGAAAGCAAUAUAUAAAAGUUGCAUUAAUGAUUCAAAAAUACCAUCUGAGUUUGAGGAGAGAUGGGCUAGUAUGAUACAGAGGUAUAAUUUAGAGGAGCAUAAAUGGUUGAGGAGGCAGUACAAACUACGCAAGCAUUGGGUGCCAUGCUACUAUGCUGACACUUUUUUUGCUGGUAUGAGCACUAUACAAAGAGGGGAGUCAAUGAACAAUUACUUUAAAGGUUUCUUCACACCAUUCACCCCAAUUAAUGAAUUUGUAACACAAUAUGAAGAGGCUAUUAAGAAAAUACGUGAAAAAGAAGCGAAGGCAGACGUUGAUUGCAUCACUUCAACACCUUCUUGUCGUACAACCCAUAAAGUUGAGGAACAAGCCGCAAAUGUUUAUACGACAAAGGUGUUCAAGGUUUUCACGGAGGAGUGGUAUCCAUGCUUUGGACUUGAGGUCAGGCAAUGUGAUUGGGAAUUCCCAGUUAAGAGGUACAAGGUGUUUUUGAGGGACAAGGAUCGAGAGAUUAACGUGACAUAUGUGCUUGACAACCAAGAGGCCGAAAUUACUACCUGUAGUUGCAAGAUGUUCGAGCAUAAAGGUUUACUUUGUAGGCACAUACUUAAAGUGUAUGUGAUAACAGAUAGAUCCCAAAUUCCCCAGCACUAUAUUCUGCCUAGAUGGUCUAAAUCUGCUGUAUAUGAUAGCAGUGGUAGUAAACAUGUUGAGGGCUCAUCUGAUGAACAACCCCAACAACCUGUGUGA